AUGCCUGGUUUCGAUGAUAAAGAUUUGGCUGCUCAAGCCCAGCCUGCCUCCAAUGGAACCUCCGCAUCCCAAACAGAACACAAAAGCUCAACAACUCCAGGUUUCAACCACAACUUGGUGGUUCCAGGUGAUGAUGAAGACUCUGGACCAAUUGAGGUUCCAGCCUCAAGGUCCUCCGUCGCAGAGACUCAAUCACUCAUGCAUUCAUUGAGUCUUGAAAACAGAGCCAAUGGACGUAGAGGUUCAAGAAACAGCUUUGGUGCUGCUCUUCCAAUUCCCCGCUCAAAGCGUCAAUCUCGUCUCUCAUCUGUUGUCACCCAGGAUCGACCUUCGAGACCUGGAAUGCCAGCCAUUCAACCAACCCGCGAGAUCCUCUCCUCGCAGGUUCAAGACAUGUCCAAGAUCAAGACUGAAGCUGCAAAGAACAUGGCAUUCGCUUUCGAUAUUGAUGGUGUUCUCGUUCACGGUGAUCGUUUGAUCCCAGAAGGAAAGAGAGCAUUGGAGAUCUUGAACGGUGAUAACGAGCUCGGUAUCAAGAUCCCCCACAUUUUCUUGACCAACGGUUCCGGAAAGGUUGAGCCAACUCGUUGUGCUCAGCUCUCCAAGAUUCUCGGAAACCCUGUUGCAACCGAACAAUUCAUUCAAUCCCACACUCCCAUGUCCGCUUUGGCUGAAUAUUACGACACUGUCUUGGUUGUUGGUGGUGAGAACUACCAGUGCCGAGAGGUUGCUAAGUUGUACGGAUUCAAGGAUAUCGUCGUACCAAACGACAUCGUAGCCUCUAUUCCUACCAUCUCCCCACUCAAAGAGUUCUUCACCGCUGAGCAACGUGCUACAUCCACUCCAAGAGAUUUCAGCAAGGUUAAGAUUGAUGCCAUCCUUGUCUUCUCUGAUUCCCGCGACUAUGCCACCGAUCUCCAAAUCAUCAUGGAUCUUCUUCAAUCUGAGGAUGGUGUUCUCGGUACUCGUGCCAAGGACCCUGUCUCCCAACGUAUCCCAAUCUACUUCUCUCAAGGAGAUCUCUUGUGCCCUAGCGAGCAUCCAACUCCUCGUAUGUCUCAAGGUACUUUCCGUAUUGCUCUCGAGGCUAUUUACAAAUCCAUCACCGGAGUUGAACUCGAACGUGUUGUCUACGGAAAGCCUGAAUUGGCCACCUACAAGUAUGCCGAUGAGGUCAUGGCAUCAUGGAUGGAGACUAUUCACGGAGAGGAGAAGUUGCCAGAGAACAUCUACAUGAUCGGUGAUAACCCAGCAUCUGAUAUCAUCGGUGGUAACAACUACGGCUGGAACACUUGUUUGGUCCGCACUGGUGUGUUCCAAGGUGGUGAGAACGACGAGGAGAACCCAGCCAACUUUGGUGUCUUCAACAACGUUUUGGAAGCCGUCCAGACUGCUUUGAGAAAGCAAUUGGGUGAUGACUUCAGAAUGAACUGGAGCGAUUCCAUGAACCCAGUCGUUGGCGAUUCUUCUGCUAGCGCCAUUGAGUAG